CGGCGACUCGUCGGAGCUUGGUGGCAUCAUGGGCCAAGCGUACAGAGUGCGCAUCGAGGACGAAGGGGCAGUCAGCGUGGUGGCGGAGGCGCACGAUACCCGCGGAGACGACGAAGCAGACAGCGUUGCAGCACAUAGGCAAAUACAUGUCCAGGGGCCGCAGCCUGAGGAGAGCGCGGGAGAAGUUGGGGAAGAAACUAGAGCGGCAGCGUCCAUGCAUUCAGGGGGCGCCAUGAAUGGCAAGAGGAAGCUUGUUGGGGGUGUUGGCCCAUCGGAAUCAGAGCAGUCUACUCUGAAGGUGAAUCCAGAAGCGCCGGGUUGGAUCAAGAGGGUGCGAGUGGGUGGUCAUGCAACUGAGCGGAGUCCUUGCCCAAACCGGGUUGGUACACUGGAGAAGAUGAUCAGAAGUUACCCCGAGAGACGAGGAGAUUAUGUCCUUGAGCCAUCGCUGGGCAUGACAUUUGAUUCGCUCGGCGAGGCAUAUGACUUCUACAACCUCUAUUCGUGGGAACACGGUUUUGGCGUUAGAUAUGGGAAAAGCCGGCUGAACCCAGAGAGGACGAAGACAAUGCAAGAAAUAGUCUGCGGCUGAUCUCCUGCAGGCGAGAACACGCGAUCCUGCCGCUGUGAGUGCCCAGCGCUCAUACGCUUGCUUCGGACAGAAGAUAAAGGCUGGUACAUAACCGAGCAUCGAUCAACCCACAACCACUCUCUUUCCAUAACUUGCGCAGAAAAGGUAUACUGGCCAUCGCAUAAGCACAUAGAUGUGUACACAAAGGAUCUGGUUAAGCAACUCCGGGAGAACAACAUAAACAUAGGCAAAGUGUACAGCAUAAUAGGGAGUUUCUUUGGAGGUGUUGGGAAUGUUCCGUUCACCAAGCGGACAUUGAAGAAUCUGUGUGGGCGGAUAAGCAAGGAGCAAGCGGAUGACGAUGUGAGGAAAACAAUGGAGGUUUUUGCAGAGAUAGGUUCAAAGGAUCCUGAAUUCACGUACAGAGUGCUUGCUGAUUCGGACAGCCGGAUUAAGAAUCUGAUGUGGGCAAACGGAUCUAGCCGUAUGCAAUACAAAUUUUUCGACGAUGUAAUUACAUUUGACACAACAUACAGAACAAAUUUAUAUGAUAUGCCG